UACCACGAGUAAUCUAAAGUGGAUAAUAAAAAAAAAUAAAAAUUUUCUAAUUUAGUAGACUUAGAAAGAGGUUAAAAAGACAUUGUUUAAAUAUGAAAAGAAUAGUUGUAAUCUUGAUUUUAUUCUUUGUUGCAGCAAAUUGUGAGUAUCAAGAAUGGGAAAAAUUUAAGACGAAAUACUCCAAAGUUUACGCGACACUAGAAGAAGAAAGCCAAAGGUUUGCAAUAUUUCAGGAAAAUUUAAAGUUAAUCCAGGAACAUAAUGUUAAAUACGAAAAACAUGAAACAUCGUUUACCAUGGAAAUUACUAGAUUUUCAGACAAAUCAUAUAAGGAGCUUACAAGAAGGUUCGAAGAAUUUAACAUUGACAAUUUUGAUGACGCUGAAACCACAACUUCUAACGAUGUACUUGAAUCAACAACUUCUAGAUCUCCUAUUCCUCAUUACUGCAAUAACGAAAGCAUAUAUCCUUAUCGGCACUUUAAAAAUUUUGAGGACGAUGAUGAUGUUCCAGAAUCAGUCGAUCUUAGAUUAAAAGGAUAUGUUUUGCCACCGAGGGAUAUGGGUGAUCUUGAAGAGCAUUGGGCAUUUUCAAUUUCUUCAGCUAUGGAAAUAGAAACCGCAUGGCACAAUCUUACCUAUGAAUAUUUAAGUACCCAAUUUCUAAUUGACUGUACUGAAAGUUAUCAAGAGGCGUACAAUCAAAUGUACUAUGAUGGAAUACCCAAUGAAAUAGAUUAUCCCUUUAAAAAUGGAAAAGGUGAAUGUAAACCAAUCUGCAAAGGCCGAUGUCUUAAUCAUCACUAUUUAUCUAGUGAAGAUUUAAUUAAAAAAACAAUAGCACUACUUGCUCCCGUAACCGUCUAUUUCGAUGGAGGCGAUCUGCCAUUUUAUAAACAAGGAAUAAUUGAUGGUUCAAACUGUCCGCGCAGCUUUAUUCCACAUCCUUCAACUUGGAGAAAACCUUGGAGUGCUGUUAUCAUAGGUUACGGCAAUGAUGGUAGUGACGGCAGUGGAACUGAUUACUGGAUUUUAAAAAACUCUUGGGGUGAUUCUUGGGGAGAAGAGGGAUACUUUAAAUUAAUCAGAGGAAAAGAGGCUUGUGGCAUGAUGCGGUUGCCUAUAUGGCCUUCCCUUCAAGAACCAAACGGAAGCUGCGAUUAAAAUUUAUAAGAAUAUAGCUGGUUCCUAAAAAACUGAUACGACUCUUAGUACGAUUUGAUCAUUUUGAGCAGUGUAUUUGAUUGGUUUGACAUUAUAUUAUAUUUGUUAUGACAGACAAAUAAUAAAAUAAACAAACAAACAACAAA